GUGAGAGGGUGAUAGUCAAAGAGGGGCAGAGGAGCUAAACUGCCUGAUAGGGAGGAAGCCAGUGGGUUAAAUGAGCAAGAGAUGGAGUUAAAGUAAGGGGAAGAGAAGAGAAAGAGGAAGAACAGUUCACCCUGGGAUGACUGUGAACUAGAAUAGUACAGCUGAUAGGGGAGGAGAGCAAGAAAGACACGUUCCCAAUAAUGGCGAGCCUUCCCAAAGAGCCGCCUGAGGAUGUUGUGAAACAGAGCUUCUGGAUGCCGAGGAAUUAUGCACACACCGUGCACCGGACUGAUCAGUCUUACCAGGCCUGCAACGAUAUUGUGGCCUGUUUCACUGAGAGGGCCAAGGUUGAAAAGCAGUACGCUCAGCAGCUCAACCAGUGGAGCAGCAAAUGGAAGUCUAUAGUGGAUUCUCGGCCACUUUAUGGCUCCCUCAUGAGGGCUUGGCAGUGCUUCUUUACCUCCACCGAGCGUCUGUCGGCCCUCCACUCCUCAAUCUCCCAGUCCCUCGCCGCGGAGGAAGGUGACCGGGUGAAGACCUGGCAGAAGGAGACCUUUCCGAAAAAACUCUUUUGUGGGUUCAAGGAGAGCCACGACAACGACACAAGUUUUUCACGUGCGCAGAAACCUUGGUCGAAAAAGCUGAUGAAGCUGGAGAAGGUCCGAGUUGCGUAUCACAAAUCCUGUCAGAGGGAACAAACAGCCAUCGACAAAGAGAAACAAGCAAACGAUAACUCUGAGAUGAGUCCAGAGAAAAAGCAGAAGAUUACAGAGGCGAGAGAGAAGGCCACAGAGGAGAAAGAAAAGGCUCGAGACCGCUAUGAGAAAAUGCUGGAGGAUGUAACAUCCUACACACCUCGCUACAUGGAGGAAAUGGAAGCCAUUUUUGAACAGUCGCAAGAGGAGGAGAGGAAGAGGAUCAGCUUUCUGAAGCAGGCCUUCCUCUCCAUCCACAGACAUCUUGACAUCACCAACAACGAGAGUGUGAAGGCAGUGUACAGUGAACUCCACCACACUCUGAUGUCCAUCGAUGAGCAGGAUGAUCUCAAAUGGUGGAAGAACAACCGUGGCCCCGGGAUGCCCACUAACUGGCCAAAGAUUCAGGAAUGGGUCCCACCAGUCAAAAAGCUAAAAAGAAAGAAGAGAGACCAGAAAGGGAAAGAGAGCCAACCUGUAAUGAUCGGGGGAGUGAAGGUGCGAGCUCUGUACGACUACGUGGGAGAGGAGGGUGAUGAGCUGUCCUUUAGAGGAGGUGAAGUGUUCCUGAAAGUCGAGGAGGAGGAUGACCAGGGUUGGUGUCGAGGAGUCCUGAGCAGUGGGAAGGAGGGCUUCUACCCCGCUAACUAUGUUGAAGUUGUCGAGUGACAUCGCACCGUCCAAAAUAUUAUGUUCUAAACCUCUAGAGUUACUUUUUAAAUCUUCGAAAAAUAACAUUUAUCAUUUAACGUCUAAGAUGUUGUCACACUUAUUCUGAGUUCCUGUAAAAUAUAAUUUGUCCUCAAUCAUUUUUGUUAACAUGUUGUUAAGGCCUUAAUAUUCCAACCUCCUGGUUUGAGUACAUCUGCAAUAUGAAUUAAUUUAUCAAAGAUGAGAGUGUACUAUUUGUGCAAGAGCUGUAUGUGUGAGUAUGUAUGUGUGUGUUUGCAUGCAUGUGUGCACAUCAAGACGAAACAAAAGAGAACAAGAAAGGAUAUUUAUUUACUGUCAUCUUGUCCAAGUCUAAGUUUGUCCAGGCACAGGUUUACAAUAAUGUGUGCACAUCCACAAGGUUAAUGUUUACUUAAUAAGCAUCACGUAGAAGCACACAGAAGUUAUUCUGCCUGAGAGAGUGGAUUUUCAAAUAAUAAAAGUAUGAUUGUUUUGCCUCUAA